CAAUUUUAUUUGGUCAGAAAGAGAAAUUAUAAUAAUUAUUCUACAAGUUUUAGGCUAGUUGGAAAAUAUAUAGUACAAGUUAAAACUAUAAAAAUCUAUAAAUAUAAUUUAAACAAAGUGGAAACUAAUUUAUACACAAUAAUAUCAAAUGAAAAGUGCUAAGGAGUGCCUCCAGCAAACAGUUUUAGAGUUUAGUAUAGAAGUAUAUUAAAGCUAACUAGAAACGCCUUAUUACUUUGCAACAAAAUUACUGCCGAUACAAUGGCCUCUAUAGAGGAGCGUUUUCAAGCCGCCGUCAAUGUGAUCAAAGGGUUGCCGAAAAAUGGCCCAUAUCAACCCAGCACCGCCAUGAUGCUCAAAUUUUACGGUUACUAUAAGCAAGCAACAGAAGGUCCGUGUCAUCAAAAGCGUCCUGGCUUCUGGGAUGUGGUUGGCAAAGCGAAAUGGGAUGCCUGGAAUGAUAAUCGACACUUAGAGAAGCAUCAAGCAAUGGAACGUUACGUAAAUAGUUUGCGUGAAAUUAUUGAAACGAUGUCAUUCACCGAAAACGUACAAAACUUUGUUGGUAGCAUUAGUGGCUUGGACAAUAUAAAUUUAGAGGAACUGGAUAAGGUUGCACCGGGUAUGCGUGAGCUGGCCGAAUCGCACCCAAAUUCACCAUUCAAUUCGCGAACGAAUAGUCCACAACAUGGUGUAAGCUUGAAUGGGAGCAGCGGUGAAGAAGAUGAGCUUCCUACAAAUUCUCCAAUGAAUGGUUCCGUCUUAAGCCAUAAUCAUCGCGCUGAUAAUAAUUUAAUAAAUGGCACAAAUGAACGCGAUGGAAUUAUCGCACCACAGACAAAUUCUACAGUUUCUGCAAUACCAGAAAUACCUGUGACACACUCCACCUAUGCCAUGUCUAACGGCACUGUGGAUCAGUCUGAUGAUGAAUAUGGCGAUCCGGUGGAUAUGAAUAUAGACAUUACCGAAACAAUGCAGCACAAUUCUGAAAUGCUUAAACAAAUUCAAGCAACUGUGCUGCGUAUGAAUGCCGAUUUAGUAGCAGUUAACCAACGUAUGAAUAGCUUGGAAAAAUUGUUGAAUGAUAUGCGUACAACUGUAGCGCAGAAAGCUACAAACCAGAGUAGAGGCCGUAAUUACCCGAAAUGGUGGCCGUUAGCUGAUAUUUCACCUCUUUGGUUUACAUUACUAGUGCUAUGGCCUUUCGUGAUUGGAAGGUUAUCACGUGCAGUGACAGCACCACGUCGGAAGUAAGAGCAUGCGAAAUGACAAGGUAGCAGAUUUCACCCUAGAAAUAUUACAAUGGUAAGGAGAGAAAAACAACAUCAAUAUUCCAAUUUAACAAUAUAUGAAGGUGUAUGUUUCUAAAGCUUGAACUGCUUUUAGUAAAUUGGCGUUACUGGAUGAAGUUUAACAUUUGUUGGAUAAGAACGAUCUGUCAACUAUAUUUUCUUUCAUAGCUUUACUUUGCGCAAAAUAUUAUACAGAAUCAGUACUUUUUA